AUGGCUACAACAAACAGCUACAAACAAAACACAUCAAUGUCGAUGCCAAGCCCUCAGAACAAUACGCAAUACAUGAUUGCGGGGCCCCCAAUGAGUUUCGGUAUGAUGAAAGAUGCAUUAUUUUUAUUUUGCGCGUUCCGUUACCCGUCCUAUCCUUUACGCUUUUUGUUUUUUCUUUCAUUGUAUUGCGACGCUGCUUGGCUUGAAGGCGGUAUGAAUGCACCGCCGCACGUGUACCACCCUUCAUAUCAGGGUGGGGGGGGCCUGCCUCCCCCCUCGGUUCAUGGGGGGUACGGUUGGCAACACUCGCCGCGUUUCGCUGCAGAGAGCGCUCGAAGGGCGGCCGGAGCAGCCUCGCAGCCAGGCAAAGAUGACAAGACGAGCCCAUUCGUGUCGACAAUACAUUCACAUCCCGGAUUCCAACCGCAGAAGAUUGGCAAAGGAACCGGUGGGGGUGCCGGCCUGCCAAAACCACCGAAGCCACCAGAAAAGCCUCUUAUGCCAUACAUGAGAUAUUCGAGACGAGUUUGGGACAGUGUAAAGGCAGCAAAUCCAGAUCUAAAGCUAUGGGAAAUCGGCAGAAUUAUUGGUGGUAUGUGGAGAGAUCUGCCGCAGUCGGAAAAGUAUGCUUUUGUGGAUGAAUAUGAAGCUGAGAAGUCGGAAUACGAGAAGAGUUUGAAGACAUACCACAAUUCCCCGGCGUACCUCGCAUACAUCGCCGCUAAGAACAAGGCUGUUGGUAAGGUUGGGAAUUUGGAGGAAGAGAGUUCAAGCAAGAAGGGAGGCUCACAGAAGGAAUCGCAGCAGCAAGACAGAAGAAUUGACAUACAACCAGCUGAAGAUGAAGAUGAUCAGGACGAGGGUCUGUCAGUGAAGCACGUGGCGUAUGCACGCUAUCUUCGUAAUCACCGUCUUAUUAACGAGAUCUUCUCCGACACGGUGGUACCAGAUGUAAGAUCGGUUGUCACUACCGCUAGGAUGCAGAUCUUAAAGAAGCAAGUACAAUCAUUGACGAUGCAUCAGAAGAAACUAGAAGACGAACUUCAACAGAUAGAAGAGAAGUUUGAAGCGAAGAAAAGGAAGUUUAUAGAGAGCAGUGAAUCCUUCCAGGAAGAAUUAAAGAAGCAUUGUAAACCAGCCGUGGAUGACGAAACUUUCGCCAGGAUGGUGGAGCGAGCGAUCGAUCAGCAGAGAAGGGGUGCUGCUGGGCCGCACCCACAUCCUAAUCACCCGCACCCUUCGCAUCCUCACGCGACUCACCCUACGCAUCCCUCGCACCCUACACAUCCCCACCACGCGGCACAACACGCUCAGCCGGCUCAUCCUCGACCUCAUGAGCCAAUGGAUCAAGAUCCGCCCAAACCAGAAACGAAUGGUCCCAACGCGCCCACUCAAGUCGACAAAGUGUCUACCACUGAAGGGAAACAGGAUACAAACAUUACUACGGAGUUGAAGAAUGAUGAAAAACAAAUUCAGGAAGAAGGUGAUCGUAAAGAAGAUAAGCCGAUUGAAAUGAAAGUUGAGAGUAAGGAGGGUCCUCCGCCGGCCGGGCCGCCUCAGCCGCAGAUCACGUCGCCACCACACCCAGCUAUGAUGUUACCUCCGGGAGCUAGCGGCCCCCCACCUGGGGCACCUCACGCCCCACCACCUCCCGGUGGUUAUGGCUCAGCGCCGUACGGUGGGCGUUACUAUCCAGGCUACGGUGUGGGCGGAGUAGGUCCCGUGGGCGCUGUUGGGCCCGUGGGCGGUGUUGGGCCCGUGGGCGCUGUCGGGCCCGUGGGCGGUGUGGGCGCUGUUGGUCCCGUGGGCGGCGUCGGUGGUUUCCCUCCAUACUCGCACUACUUCCCAGCGGAGCACUACUCACAUCACCCACAACACCCCGCUCAUCAUGACGUUAAGCGUGAGCGUGAUAUACAUUACUUUAUCGUAAAAAUCAUGAUUGCUAAUAUAUAG